CAUCAUUAUUGGGCCAUUGGCAAAUCUAAAGCCCAUUAAGGUUUCUGUCAAGAGCACCUGACGAGCACCGAAGUUGGAUCUUCGACGUGGACUUUAGAUGCGGUGCCUCGUGUCACGUAAGUCUCUGUUUCAGUAAUCUCGUCAACGGCGACAUCAUGUCCUCCUCCACCUCCUGCUAAAAUGACAUAACGUAAAGUCGAAGUCUCGAACAUUCGAUAUAUUUUUGAUGAAUCCGAAAGGAAGACUCACAGCUUCUGUCUCCAAGAAAAUGCCAAAUAUCUUAAUUCGCAAAACCCUAGCAGUGUCUCGUUUCAAGAAGCUAAUAAUAUUGUUAUCCCUCCUCUUACUCCUCUUCCUCCUAAUACACGCGCCGCCAACGUCAAUUACAACCCGGACUUCACGCGCCGUCGGCUUUAUAACCACGCGCCACCACGUACUCUUCUCUAUUGCGUCCUCCUCUGCCACUUGGCCUAAACGAAAGCACUAUGUCCGUUUAUGGUACAAUCCAAGCACCACGCGUGCUUUUACUUUCCUGGACUGGGCCAUACCCGGACCAGUAUCUCGGUUGGACCCGCCAUUCAUUGUCUCUGAGAACACAUCGAGAUUUCCGUUUUCCUUCAAGGGAGGUCUCCGGUCGGCGAUCCGCGUGGCUCGUGUGGUCAAGGAAGCGGUGGAUCGGAACGAACGUGAUGUGCGUUGGUUCGUUUUUGGAGACGAUGAUACGGUGUUCUUUGUGGAUAAUUUGGUGAAAACACUGUCCAAGUAUGAUCACGACCGGUGGUUUUAUGUUGGGAGCAAUUCGGAGGUCUACGAACAGAAUUCGAAGAACUCGUUUGAUAUGGCAUUUGGUGGAGGAGGGUUCGCGAUAAGCCAUUCAUUGGCGAGGGUUUUGGCGAAGGUUCUGGACUCGUGUUUGAUGAAGUACGCGCAUUUGUAUGGGAGUGAUGCGAGGGUUUUCUCGUGCUUGGCGGAGCUGGGUGUUGGGUUAACACAUGAACCUGGUUUUCAUCAGGUGGAUAUGCGGGGGAAUUUGCUUGGAUUUUUGUCUGCACACCCAUUAUCACCUUUAGUCUCACUUCAUCAUCUGGACGCAGCGGAUCCAAUUUUCCCUACUAUGAACAAUACUCAAGCUCUAGGGCAUCUUUUCAAAGCUGUCAAUGUUGAUCCUACCAGGAUUUUACAGCAGACAGUCUGCUAUGAUCGUCUGAAUUCAUUAACUGUUUCAGUUGCAUGGGGUUAUGCUAUUAUGGUGUUUGAAGGCAAUGUAUUUCUUCCUGAUAUCCUUUCAAAGCAAAAGACUUUUUCACCGUGGCGCAGAAGUGCAAGAGCUGACAGUAACCAUUUUAUGUUUAACAUGAGAGAAAAUACCAGAGACCUUUGCAAAAGACCUAUUGUCUUUUUUCUUGAAAGUGUUAGAUCUGCUGAAGGUGUUGUCCGAAGCUACUAUACUAGGUACAGGGUACCAAAUUGCCAUGGAGCAAAAUCCUUAGAAGAUGUGGAGCAGGUCAUAGUUUUUUCGCGGAAGAUGGAACUUGACAUUGAACAGAUGAAGGCUCCUCGUCGACAAUGCUGCGACAUUUCUCCCUCUUUGAGUGAAUCAAUGAUUAUUAACAUCAGACAUUGUGGAGUCAAUGAACUAAUUUCCAUGCGUUCUUGAUGUUCUUUGUUGGGAUGCCUGCACAUUUGAUACCUCCAACUGGACCCAAAGAUCAGAUGUACAAUUGAGUUAAUGUCCAUCUUGCUGCUAAAAUUCUGGUGUAGCAAACACACCCUUUUUAAAGGUAAGGGAAGAUUAGGAAAAGAUGGUGGCAGUGGCUGGUAUCCUGAUGAUUGCACGACUGAGUGAUUGAGAGUUAAUUUCUCCAUCAUUAUCAUGUCAUCUAAGGUUUUUCUCUGUAAAUGCUGUGAUAUUUUUGUAAAGAUUGUCAUCUAACACGAGUGAGCAACACUAACGUGAUGUGAAGUGUUUUUUUUUUUAUUAAAGAAUUCUUUGUUUAUGAGCCGUUUUGACCUGGAGAAUGAACAUUGGCCCUAUGUGCAGCUUUAUUGAC